AUGGGGGAUCAAGCUAUGGGAGUGGAAGUCGUGCCUCCAUCUGUGGCGGAGGAGGCUCUAGCUCUGGGUCUGGUUCUGGAGGUAGCUUUGGCAGCGGUGGGUCUGUAUCUCGUGGUGGUGGAACAUUCAGUGGAGGGUCAUGUAGUUCUCCUGGUGGUCACACCUCUGGUGGUUCGGGAUCAAGUUCUUUUGGUGAAGGUUAUGGAUAUCAGUGGUGAAGGCAGGGGGCGUGGGAGCAUGUUGGGCUUCCGUGGCUGUGGAAGGGAAGGCAUUCGUGCAGUGCAUGUCAACGAGAACCUGCUGCGGCCGCUUGAUGUGAAGAUCGACCCUGAAAUCCAGCACAUCCGAAGGCAGGAGAGAGAGCAAAUGAGGAGCCUCAAUAACCAGUUCGCCUGUUUGAUUGACAAGGUGCAGCAUCUGGAGCAGCAGAACAGGCUGCUGGCCACCAAAUGGGCCCUCCUCCGAAAGCACAUCCUGCCAUCCCAGAUGAACGUCAAGCAUGUUUUCAACACCUUCACCUGCAGCCUGCAGAGGCAGCUGGACUCCCUGCUGCAUGAGCGGGAGCAGAUGGAGCCAGAGCUGAACAACACUGAGAAGCUCAUUGAAGAGCUCAAAUGCAAAUAUGAGCAGGAGGUGAACAGACGCACAGCUGCCGAGAAUGAGUUCGUGCUGCUGAAGAAGGAUGCGGACUGUGUCUACCUCACCAAGGCAGAGCUGGAAGUGAAGCUGGAAACCCUCAAGCAGCAGACAGAGCUCCUCAAGUGUGUGUCUGCUCAGGGAUCUGCUGAGCUGGAUAAAAGUCUCUGUGACACCUCUGUUGUGGUGAAAAUGGACAACAGCCGAAGCCUGGACACGGAGGGCAUCCUCAGGGGCAUUGAGCUCUGGUAUGAAGAUGUUGCUCAGAAAAGCAAGGCAGAGUUGGACGCCCUGUACAGAACUAGUUACCAAGAGCUCAAGGAGGCAAAGAGGAAGCAAUGCAAUGAGCUUAAGUCCCACCAGCAAGAGAUUGAGGAGCUGAGUUUUGUGAUGCAGAGAUGGCAGUGUGACCUUGAAAACGUGAAGAAGCAGGUGUCCUCUCUGCAGACAUCUGUUAGUGACACUGAGCAGCGCGGGAACUGUGCCCUGAAGGAUGCGCGGGAGAAGCGCACUGAGCUGCAAAACGCCCUCCAGAAGGCCAAAGAUGAGCUGGCUUGCAUGCUGCGGGAUUACCAGGAGCUGCUGAACGUCAAGCUGGCCCUGGACAUUGAGAUCGCCACCUAUAAGACUUUGCUGGAGGGUGAAGAGAGCAGGCUGCUCGGGGAGGCAGUGGGGUCACUGUCCCCGGAGGGGUUCAAGAACCAUGGAGAUGUGGAUACGCACUGGAUGCCCUGUGAGAGUGUGUAA